AUGUGCAGCAGCAUUCGCUCCAUCACGCGCCCAUGUUGCGCCGCGCGAUCCCCGAUAACGACGACGACGACGACGACGACGACAGCUGCCCGGCCGCCACCAUCAUCAUCCAGCAGCAGCAGCAGCAGAAGCAACCGCUUCUUCUCGACCACGCGGCGUACUCGCGCACAGAAACAAGCCGCCGACGACCCAAACUUUGUCUCGACUGUUGACCUCGACCCGACCAUGAUUCGACCCGGCCGGAAGCACGGCCCCGGCCUCAUCAUUCUCGCUCUCAUCCCCAUUACCGCAUUUGCCCUGGGAACCUGGCAGGUCCAGCGCCUCGGCUGGAAGACGGACCUCAUUGCCAAGUACGAGGACCGCCUCGUGCGCGAUCCCUUGCCGCUGCCGCCGCACAUUGACCCUUCUGCCGUGCACGAGUUUGACUAUCGCCGCGUCGUCGCCACCGGCCGUCUGCGCCACGACCAGGAGAUGCUCAUUGGCCCGCGCAUGCGCGACGGCCAAGACGGCUACAUGGUUGUCACGCCGCUGGAGCGUGAUGGUGGUGGUGGUGGUGGUGGUGAUGGUGCGGCGGCGUCGACUAUUCUGGUCAAUCGCGGCUGGAUCAGCAAGAAGCACCGCGAUCAGAGAUCGAGGCCGCAGAGCUUGCCGACGGGCGAGGUCACGGUGCAGGGCUUGCUGAGGGCGCCGUGGAAGAAGAACAUGUUUACGCCGGAUAAUAGGCCCGAAAAGGGCGAGUUUUACUUUCCGGACGUUGAGCAGAUGGCGGCGUUGACGGGGGCGCAGCCCGUGUGGGUGGAAGCGACAAUGGAGCCGGAAUACAUUAGAAUGAUGGAGUACGAAGCGCGCGGUAUUCCCUUUGGCCGACCAGCCGAGGUCAACCUGCGCAAUAAUCACGCACAAUACAUCUUCACCUGGUAUGGGCUCGCCGUAGCGACAUCCGUCAUGAUGUACCUGGUUAUGAAGAAACCCGCCUCCGACGUUGUCCGUCGUGUCCGCGCGACGCGCACUCUGUAA